GCAGGCAAGCAAUUAAUUUGAUUAUAAUUGGGGGAUACUUUUUAAAGCUUACUGCCUAAUUCCUACUUUAUUGGAUAAUCUUAAAAAUUAAUGAAUAAAAAUGAAUCAGUAAUUCAUUCACAUGUAGCUCCAAAUAGUUUUUCCCGGGAAAACUGACCAAUCAUUUAUUUACCUGUACAAUACUCUGAAUAUUAAAGAAGGGAUACAAAAAAGUAAUAAGACUACAAACCUACUACCAUGUUUUUGUUAAUUGGGUUUCCAAAUUUCAUUCAUUACAGAACCGCCUGCCGUUCGGCUAACCAAUGGAAUUGGACCAGGACAUGGCAGAGCAGAGGUGUAUUUUGCCAAUGAGUGGAUGGCAUUAACAGCAGAUGAAUCUCACGUGUAUACCACAUAUCACAUCGCUACUCAUAUCUGCAGAGAAAUUGGAUAUUCUGAAUCAUCUGUUUACUACACUGAUGGGUCCUUUGGCCUUGCUGAUACAGUAUUUGCCAACAAUAUGAUGCAGAUUCCUGGUAAUUCUCGAUAUGUGUUUCUGAAGAACUCUGCAAAGAAAGGAGCUGCACUUGGCGUGGCCUGCAAAGAAACAGAAAAUCCAAUAACAGUUGACAUCUCAAUUUAUGAAGAAUCCAAAGCCCUUGCCCUCCUUAUUGGUCAGGAUGUACGACUGGUGUGUUUGGACGGGUAUCUCCAUCUAGAUGAGUUGGCUCACCUUGCCUGUAAGAACCUAGGCUACCAAAGAGCUGUAAUAAUUCAAUGUGGAGAGGUCUGGCCGGAAUGGAACCGAUUUUUUACGUUUCAUGAUUGUAAUGGAAAGAAGCUUAAUGACUGCAAAUUUUAUGCUACUAAAACGAUGUGUGAUCAUGUUCUUGAGCUGCAUUGCGACAUUGGGGUAAGCGUUAGCCUAAACGGGGGAGAAGGUGACUAUGAUGGUCAGAUUGAAUUGAGCCUUGGGAAUGGGUUAAAUUUGACAGGAGGUGUACGCAUUAACCCAGGAGAAUCAUUCUACCACACAGUCUGUAAGAGCCUUGGUUAUGAGAAGGCCGUGUACAUGACAGAUAAUGCUCCGUUAGGCACGUUAUCCAACAAAUUCUUCAGUGUUUUAUGCCCGGUGGAUGCAGCCAACCUAUCGUUUUGCCUUAUCAACAAUGCUUGGCCGGAUGUAAGUUCAGGAGAAAACCUUACCAUGGGCGUGAUCUGUAAUGCAGCUGAUGCAUUACCGGUUCGCUUGAUAGAAGGUGAUGGAAUUGGAACAUCUACCGGAAUAGUGGAAGUCAGGAUGUUCAAUGAGUGGACAACACUUAGGCUUCGCUACAUGUACAUCUUGUCAAAUUUUGUUGGUGUUCUGUGUCUCCAGCUAGACUUCUCGCCAUACAAUACGUCUGUGGAAUACACGUUCAUAGACGACGGUGGAGGGCGUAAUCUUCCAGCAUAUCAAGUGCAGUGUGAGACUAACGCUUUGGAUCUAAGAUCAUGCCUCUUCAAAAACAGUGAAAAGGACGACAAGCGUUAUGUAGUCAAUCUUCAUUUAUCAUGUGACCCAGAACCGUUUAACCAUUGCAACCUGAAGGAUGCACUGUAUCCUUGUGAUGCGAGAAAUGGUGGUUGCUCGUCUACUGGUACAAAAGAUGUCAUAUGCUGGUGCAAGGAUGGUUAUGCUCUCGACACCGAUGGACGCACCUGUAUAGGUCAGGCGUUGAAUAUUCGACUAGCCAGUGGAUCGGCACCAUUCAGUGGUAACAUAGAAAUCAAAUACCUUGGGAAUUGGACACUACUGACUUUCUGCCCCAUACAUCACAGCUAUAUACAUCAUACAUCUCAGUAUAGUCCCAUUCCGUUAGCUGAGGUUACUUGCAGUAGUUUGGGAUAUUCUGAAGUACAGUCCUACAUGUAUACAUGUAACAGUGUAGAGGCCCUGACUGAUACUCCCAAUAGUACGUUCAACAACCCAGUUUGCAGCACAAAAGAUAUCAACUCUUGCUAUUUUCUGUCUCAUGCAUAUUGCUCCGCCACAACACGAUGGCUUCCAUUUGUGACAUGCAAUGAAGAAUCAUUCAACCCGUGUCUACAGAAAGGCCUGUUGUACCCAUGUGAUCCCAACAUAGGGGGAUGCACAAUGCUUGUUAACCGUACUUAUCAAUGCACCUGUCCAUCUGGAAUGAUUCUAGAUACCAACAACAAGACAUGCAUUGUACCUCGAGAAUCACCUCUUCAAAUUAUCGGUUUUCUGCCACCAGACCUAAAGGAGUCAUUUGAAUCCUUGAGAAAAUCGCUCUUUGAUGACGACAGUCUGUCUAACGACACAUCAUCUGAUGAUAGUGAUUCUUAUGUAUCUGUUGCAAGGAGACUGGACUCCUUUCUCGAUGAUAUGCUCGAGACCAACAUCACUGAUCUCCUACAUAUAGUACAAGAUGACAUCGAAUUGAUAGCUCUUCCCCUGGAUACCAAACUUGAUGUACAGUCGAUCACCUUUGGAUUGGACAAUGAAAGCAGGUCAUCUCUACUAGAAAUUAGCAUACCAAUAGCAUCCUUGCUUGAAGGCCACAACGGGUCGCUAAUAGCUGGUGCGUUUGCCGUUAUCAAGCUCAAAAGAAAUGGCACUGAACGUAUUCAUCAUAACGUCAGUGAUUCUUCACGGAGUGGAUACCUGAACUCAGAUGUGGUUUCUAUCAAACUUUCCGGUGUAAACACAACAUAUCUGAAACAAAACAUCUCAAUAUCUUUCCCGACUGCCAAGACUUCUGGAAGCGGUUAUUCACCACACUGUAGCUUCCUUGAGGAAAAUGAGGGGUCUGGAUCCACCUGGUCCCUGAGAGGUUGCAGCCGGAAGAACGUUGCUGAGGGGGCGUAUUAUGAUGUCAUCACGUGCACCUGUAAUCACCUGACUAGUUUUGCCAUUCUUAUGCUAACGAAUAUUGAUGUACAUGCGACAGUAGCUUCUAGCAAACAUUCAUUCAUCCUGUCGAUAGCGACCUAUGCAGGUCUGACAUUCUCUAUUAUUUCCCUUGUACUGUCUCUGAUUGCCUUCUUCAUCUCCAAGAUCCAGACAACCCGUUUGUUCCUGAUGAAAAACCAAUGCAUUGCCAUGAUUUUGGCCCAAGGGCUGUUUGCUGCUGGAGUAGUUCAGGCAAAAAGGAUUACAGUGCUUUGUGGGAUCGUCGCAGGGGCAACCCAUCUGCUGUUCUUGGCUGUCUUUGCGUGGAUGCUGAAUCAAGGGAUCUACAUCAUGUUACAGCUUGGUAUCCGGCGUCUUACUAAUGUUCAGGUUAAGAGAUGGCAGUACUCUGUGAUAGGAUGGGGUAUUCCAUCAGCUAUCGUUGGGAUUACUUCAGCAGUUGACUACCGACUUUACCUAGAUGGAAGCUACUGUUGGCUUGCGACUGUUCGGGGUGGAGCGUAUGCUUUCAUUGGCCCAGUGCUUGGCAUACUUAUGGUCAACUUGGGGAUAUUCUUUUAUACGAUUUCUCGUUUCACAUCCGUGAAAGCAUUCAAGAACAAAUCAGAGAAAGGCAAGAUAAGGUCCACUCUUCGAGCAGUGAGUGUCCUCUGUCCUAUCCUUGGCAUCACCUGGGCUUUGGGAUUGUUCGUUAGGGUUCAUAUCUCUUUGGAGUACAGCUUUACCAUCCUCAACUCAUCUCAGGGAGUGUUGCUCUUCAUAUUCCAGGUGUUGUUGAAUGAAGAGGUGUAUGUUGGAGUGAGGAGGAGGAUGAGACGUCACAUCAUUUAUCCUGUUGGUACCACCGAGGCAUCGCAAACUGAAAACAAAAGUGUCGCCAUACCAACCAUUUCCACUACAAGACAGGAAACAAAAUCGUCAUCAGAUGAGAGCGGGAACAUGGAUAUGGAGGUUGUUUCACUUAAAGACUAAUAAUGAGCAAACCAACUCAGGGAAAUUGAGAUAAAAAAGUUUUGAAUAAGUGGAAGUAAAGAUAAUGAAUUAAUGAUUUUGCUGAUAUAGUAUGGGAAUAUUAAUAAUCUUUUUUUUUCAAAGUUCAAGGAUGAUUUUAUUCAUACAUGUACAGGUAUAACAUUUAAAAUUAAAAUUCCACACUGUAUACAUUGGCAACUGAGUUAAUCAAAGUAAAAGACCGAUGGCCCGUUUUUAAUAAAGUAUAGCCAGUCGGAAUGAUUUACUGAAACUCUCAACAAACGUUGCUACAAAAAAUAAUUUUAAUCUACUUUUACUAUGAUCGGAUUUCACUGUAGAUAGCUGAUGGUCAUUAAGGGUGUUUGAGAAUCAGAAUCAACACCACAAAAUAUGUGACCAGUCUUGAUUAACGCUGUCAGCUCAACAUUUUUAGUUGGGACGUUUUUCAGUUGGAACCCUCAUACAUGUAUCCCAGUGAAGGCAAUAGUGCACAAAGUUACUGUUAUUGUAGAUCUACAAUUGUACAUGUAAAAUAAAAUCUGAACUUGAUGUAUACAUUGUGUGUAAAUCACAGCUUAUCAGUUCAAUUUGCAUUUUUCAAUAUCCUUGAUCACUUUUCAUAAUGAUUUAUUACUCAUGAAAUUAUGUAGACAUACAUGUAUCUCUGUAAUUGAUUAAAAGCCACAAAUUUCAGGUUCCAGUCCAUUGAUCUUUUAAUAUAGGCCUACAGCAUUUUUAGAAUGCGUUUAUUCUUGGUGUAUCUUUGUACAUGUAUAUACUUUUUUUUUUCAUUAUUUUAACCUUCAAAAUGUUCAACCAUAUAAAUUGUCAACAUUUUGCUUGCCAAUUACAUACAUGUAUGGGCAUUUUCACGGUAACUGACGUUACAUGGCACAAUUUUACACACCUUUCAUUGUGUGUAUGAUUACAUGUAUCUCUAAAACAACAAAUGAAAGGUGUGUAAAAUUGUGCCGUGUAAUGUCAGUUACCGUGAAAAUGCCCAUGUAUAGAAUUUUAAACUUAAGGCAAUAAAUCAUUUCCGUUCAGUUGAAUAGCAUCAGCAUGAAUAGUAUUGUGAUAUCUGGUAGAUUAAGAGUAGCUAUACCGUAUACAUGUAUCAAUUAUAUUGUUCUACUCUAGUUCAGGUUGCCCGUUGUUAUUUUUUUUUUACCACUGGUACAUUUUGUGUCAUGUUAUAACAUUGUUCAAAACAGAUACAUGUAUCAAAAGAAGUGUAUGAAUUUUAACAUACAUGUAUACACAUUAUUUAUGUCCAUACCAGUGUGCCUGCAUGUGGUAAAAACAUACUUUAAUUUUGAUACUUGAAUUCCAUUUUUAUGACUUUUGCAAGGUAUAUUUCAGUAUCUGGACCAGCUAGAGGAGCUGGAAUUCUAAAAUGCAAUACUUCAGAGUCAAGGUGUGUGUACUUUUAUUGUAAAGUCAUUGCCUCUAAUAAUAAGGCUAUGUGUUCAGUGAUAUUUUGUACUUGAUAUGAAUUAUAAUAUCCAUGCACAAUUCACCUUGAAAUUUGUAAAUCAUGUAAAUAUAGUAAGUUAUUUAAGGAAUGUAAGUUUCGUUCAUUGCCUUCUUUCGAAAGUCAAUGUCUCAUAUUUCAUAAAAAGACAAACACCAAGUUUGAUACUGUCUUGUAUUCCAUUCUUGUCUUGGAUGUAUUGCAGAAGUGAGGCAUACAUGUAGGCACUCCUUCCCCAACAACGAUGGCGGCAGGAGGUCAACACUGAAAUCUUAGUCACUGUUGAAGUUUUAGAAAUGUCAUCAUAACUUAGAAAGUAUAUACAUGUAUAGGUGUACACCUAUUCCAUGAAACUUGGACAUGAAAGGAAUUAAAUGUUAAUCUUUUAUGAGUUUCAGGGUGUGUGAUUGAGGUUAAAGGUCAUUUUAUAGGGCCAAUUAACUUUGACAAUGUUGGUGGUAUUAAUAUAAAAAAAGAUUUACCAGUGUUAUAACUUUCAAAUGUCACCCUAACUCUGAAAAUGAUGUCAGGUCACAAGGCGAAAAAGACAAAGGUCAUCUGGCUUUGAGGUCAAUAAACUGAUAGAUCAAGUAAAAAAAAAAUAACCAGAGGUUAAGACUUUUGAUAAAAUGAUUCUGAAAUUACUGGUCAAUGUUAUCUUAAACAUUGAUGUAAUCGUUAUUACAGCCUUACAAGUAUCAGAAAUUGGAUAAGUGUAAUUUCAGGGUCAAGGUGAAAUAUCUUUUCAGAUCAAUCAACUUGAACAAGAUUUGAUAUUUUGUUUACUAAUGUAAAAAGUAUUGAAUCAUAUUGGUUGAAACUUACAUGUAUAAAAGAUUAUUUUCAGAUACCACAAAUGAUAUGAAAUGAAGAGGCCUAACAGUUGUCUUGGUCAAAGGUCACUUGAGGUCAACAAACCUGUGAUUUUAUUAUCAAAUGAUUGUGUAUUUUUUAUCUCUAAAAAAUUCUCAUUAGUUGUUUUCAAAGUCAGCACUGUUAUGAUUUCCUGUCAUGACUGUAUCAUUUUUGUAAACAUUUCUUUUUAAAUGUUAUAUUUGAAUUUAUUUUGAAAAUAUAUGUGCAAUAUUUGAAAUCUAAAAUGCAAUAUUUCAGAGUCAAUUUCUAAAAUUAUUUAAAGUCUUUGUCUAUUUUUAGAUUUACACAAUUUAUGUGUUCAAUGUUUAUAAAUGAUGUGUGUAUAUUAUGACAAAAACUUCAGAUUGAUGUGCACCAUCCACAUUGUAACUUAUAAUAUUUGUUAAUUCUUGAAGAAAUUCAGUUUUAUUCUAAGUGGUAUUUAUAGAAAAGUCAAUAUCAAGAAUUUAUGUCGGCUUUUUAUUGGUCAUAUUAUAUUGACUGAAAGGUACAUGUGCAUUGUUUCUGGCAAUCUUUUCAUAUAUUCAUUUAUAAGCUUGGAUGGAACACAUUUAUGGAAUCAUAUUACUGCAUAUAGUCUCUCGAGCAAGUUAUUUGACAAACGUACCAUGAGGUCAGUUCAAAAGAGAAUCCCAUAGAUCUUUGGUAUCAAGGCUCGGCAGCAGUCCUUUACGUUUUCUGCGAUAAUUUUAACAAUGACGAUGUAAGACAAUGUUAACGGUCAUGUGAAUCUGCCGAUAUGAGGCCACUGUCUCUGGGGCAGGUUCCUCAAAAUUUUAAAGUAAAAUCAAACGCAACCCCAAAUUCAUGAAAACGAAACCCAAGGAGCAAGUUCACUUGUAUGAAAAUAAUAUGUCGAUUUAUAUAGCGCUGUUACAUGUUAAUAUACUGCAUAUCAUACUUAACUGCGCUUUGAUACAUGUACAGUACGUGGUAUAUUAUUACCCCGGCCGUAGCUGAGCUGCCAUAUCGGCGCUAAUGCGUGAAAACAGGAAAUUUUUUCAAGGAAUAAGAUCAAUUUAAGUUUGGGUAUAAUUGGACAAACAAUAAGAAAGUCAUGAGCAUUUGAAUUUUGAAAUCACUGAUCAUAUGGAGAUCCUCAUAUUGGCAAUGUGAACAAGAUUUGUGAUGUCACAAACAGUUCAAUAUGUCUGUUUCAAGUUUGAUGAUUUUACUUCAACACUAUACCAUUGUAACACAAGUAUUGAUGAACACUUUAUGUAUCAAAUGUACGAUAUGACACCCUGAAAAGCCAUAAUAAACUUCCUGCACUCAAAAUGAA